AUGACUGUUUGGUAUGAAGAAGAAUUUUCCAGUUUAUUAUUAAGAUGGAGAGGAUCUUUAUGGAAAGCUGUACUUAAAGAUCUGAUGGCAUUUUAUGUUGGAUAUUAUAUUAUUCUUUUUGGACAGUGGUAUUUUCUUGAUGAAGAAGGUAAAGAAUAUUUUACUGGAUGGAUAGAAUGGUGUGAAAUAGGUCUUCAAUAUAUACCAUUAUCAUUCUUAUUAGGUUUCUUCGUUGCUGUUAUUGUAGCAAGGUGGUGGGAACAAUUUAAUUGGAUUUCAUGGCCAGAUAAAAUGAUGAUAAUGGUUUCUGCCUGUUUACCUGGUCCUGAAAAUCUUAUUAUUAGGCAAACUAUUGCAAGAUGGAGCUCUCUUCAAGCUGCCAUUGCUUGGUCAGGAAUUUCAGUAAGAACAUUAAAACGUUUUCCAACAGAAAGACAUUUAGUUGAUAGUGGUCUUAUGACAGAAGAAGAACAUAAAAUGUAUACUACACUUGAUUCUCCACAUGGAAAAUGGUUUGUACCAAUUGUGUGGAUUGUAAAUAUUCUUAAAAAAGCAUAUCAACAAGGAAGAAUUGAUUCUAUACAAUUUGAUAUGAUUUUAAAACAUGUUUAUUCUUAUCGUGAUGGAUUUGCUAUGCUUUUUGUUUAUGAUUGGAUAAAAAUACCUCUUGUUUAUACUCAAGUAGUUGCUAUUGCUACAUAUGGAUAUUUUCUUAUUUGUCUUAUAGGUAGACAACCAAAAAUUAAUCAAAGUGGUAUGAAAAAUGAAGUAACAAUUAUGUUUCCAAUUUUUACAACUUUCCAAAUGUUGUUUUACCUUGGAUGGCUUAAAGUAGGACAAUAUCUUAUGAAUCCAUUUGGAGAAGAUGAUGAUGAUUUUGAAUUAAAUUACAUCCUCGACAGAAAUACAGCUAUUGCACAUUUAAUGGCAACAGAUUUGGCUGAUCAAUUACCUACACUUUCAGAAGAGGCAAUGAAUCCAACUAUUCCUCAUACUAGAGCUUCAUUUAAAAUUCAAGAUCUAAUACCCAAAAAUCAUUUAACUGGUUUUCAAUUAAGUAACAGAGAAAUGGAAAUGGUUACAUCAAAACAUUUAGAUGGUACAACAAAUCAAGGAACAAAGGAAAAAUCAAAUAAUUUUUGGAAAAAAAAUUUUAACAAAGUAAAAAGAAAUGAUAGAGAUGUUCCUGAUAUAGGAAAUGUUUCUGAGACUGAAGAAUUAACUAAAUAA